AUGCGCAACACAAUCAUUAUAGCUGCGACUUUGCUCGCCGCGGCUAUACAAUCGACACACGGAACCGACACGAAAACCCACGAAGAUGACCUUAUGGUGGCAGCGGCGGCAUCCACGAUACACGACGGCUCACGCAUAGGCCAGAUUGUAGAUGGGCAAUUUAUAUUAAACACGACGUUUCUCUCGCUACAACCAGAAGACUGCCAAAACGCCUGGAAUUGGAUGCCCAUAACUUUUCCUCAUUGCUCCUACGUGCGGCGGAACGCUACCACGACAGAGGCAAAGAAGGGAGGAGAAGAAGACGAAGAAGAAGAUAAAAUUUACCUCGACUGGACUCUCCUCCUGCCGGGGACGGGCCAGCGGCGGCAGCAGUGGUGCGAGGCCAUUAUCCACCACACGCUCCAAGAGUGCGGCCUGGCCGACGCCGACCUGACGGAGCGGCGGUGCAUCCGGGACGACCGGCGCACGCUGGUCGCCGGCUACGAUCCCGAGCGCGGCGAGGCGGGCGAAGAUGUCCUCCUGUAUGGCGUCCAUGUCGGCUUUCGCAUGGCCCUUCGCCGCUCGACGGUCGCCCCUAGCGGCAGCAGCAACGGCAACGGCAACGGCAACGGCAACGGCGAUAAUAAUGUCGAGUGUGUGGCUCGGGCGAUUCGGGCGGCCACGUGUCGGACGGUUAAUGUGGCAGAGUUGGAGUGCUUUGAGCUGGAUCAGGAACUCAUCGGGACUGUAUGGUGA